AGAAAUACUAGUAUCAUAUUAGACCCGAUCAUGCACGUAUUCGUUUUAUCUUACGUGUUUGUUGGCUGUUUUGCCUUUUCUAUGGCAUGUAGCUGUUUUCCUCAGCAUCCUCAAGUUCAGUUCUGUAACUCCGACUUUGUUGUCAAGGCAACGGUAUUGGAAAGAAAACCCGGUAACAACGAAUUUAGACAGGAAGUGAAAUAUGAAGUCAAUAUUCUAGAAGAUUACAAGAACAGUUACGGUCCAAACCGUGGAAGAAGGGCAAUAUACACCGCCUCAAAUGGUGCCGCUUGUGGCUCUUACUUUCAAUUGGAUAAGACCUAUAUUAUUGCAGGAGGCAUACAAGGAGGUAUUUGGACUACAUACUCAUGUGGUCUAAAUGGUCUUUAUAAAUCUUUCUCAAGAUAUCAACGAAAAGCUUUCAAACGAGGAAUAUACAAGAGAAACUGUGGCUGCAAUGUUGUUGACUGCACUGAAUUAUUUGACGGUAGAAAGUGUCCAUCCAAGUCAAAUAACCAGUGUAUCAUGACAUCUGAUAGAAAUUGCUGGUACAAUCAAAAUGCCUGCACACAAUCAAAGUACGGAUGUGACUGGGACACCCGUUCCUGUCGUAAAACAUAUAAACCAGGAAAAUAAAUGUUAAUUACACAAAUAAAGGAAUAAGUGAUGACAAUUGAAUACAGAAUAAUCUGGAAAGUAACAUGAUGUAAAAAUAGUAUAUAACACUUAACAAAAACUGACGCAAUAUCCCCUUCCCUUAUAUCAAACUCGAAAAUCUAAUUAUCUGCUAUGCUGCUUGACCCCCUUCCCUGCAGUCACGCAUUUUAACGCAUAUACCAUUUCCUAUAGUAUUUUUAACGCAAAAUCACGCAGAAACCAUUUUCCCGCAAUCAUGCACUUUUUAAAUAAUUUCAAAGUUAUAUUUAGCUUUCAAUUUUAUCACUAUUUCCUUCUAUUUGAUACUUUUAAAAUCUUAUUAAAGAAAAAAAAUUAUAAGGGUUAGGGAAAAUAUAACACGUCAUAAUUAUUAAUGCCAAAUUUUAGAGAAUUUUGUACACUCUAUAGAGUAAUUGCAGGGAAAAGGUAACGUCAUACGAACAUUAAGUGUAUACUGUGUCGCAGU